AUGGAGCCCAAGACCGCAAAGAUCCCCUUCGUUCCCGAAAACUGCUAUCUCCAUUACCUGGCGGAGGGAGCCGCGAACAUUGUCUACAGGAUCAGCGUCAGGCCCCCUACGCCCGACCCUUCCAUCCUUGAGGAGUACUCCGGUACCACACCCCCACCUACAAUCAUCGAGACAGACGAUGGAGAAGAGGUCGACCUGGCAAUCUUCGAUGCCAAGCUUCUUCGUGUCCGAAAGGAUGUUCCUACCACCAUUCCGGUUGCUGUUGCUCAAGAACAAUAUGUCAGAUUGAUCGUGCCACUGUUCGAUAAGGAGGAUCUCGUUCAACAAGAGCUCGUCAAGCUUGGCCCAAUGGAUAUUGUCGAGAAACUAAACAUCGAACUGAAUAAGCUCGAACUCGACUCGGCUAAGGAUAUGAAACGACCAGCUAGACGUGAAGGUAUCUACUUGGCGGAAGAUAAGUUUGGUCUGUUGGUCACCGAUAUGAGUGCAAAUUACUUGAGAGAAGUCAUUGAGUUCAAACCCAAGUGGUUGAGUCAAUCUCCAUCUGCUCCCAAAGAUUCGGUGCGCUGCAGAAACUGUGCGGUCACUGCAAGACGCAACCAAGAGCGCCAUACCGCCAACCCCCCUGAGAAGCUCCUGGAAGGAUUUUGCCCACUAGACCUUGUCUCUCGCAGCACGGAUGAUGUCCUCUACGUUGCCAGUGUCCUCCUCCGACCCAAGACUAACUUCGCUUCUGUCGAGCGCUUGGCUAAGUGGAUUUACAACAAUUCGCUACUCGUCCGACUCCGUGAUGCUCAGGUGUAUCUCGACAAGAAAGGACCCAUGAAGGCAAACCCAAGUAACGAAGACUAUCGUGUUGCCAUGACCCUCCGUGAUUGCACCUUGUACAUCCGGUUGCCUAACAACAAGGAGGAUGACGAGACAGGAAUCGAAGCUCGACUUGGUGAUCUGGACGUCAAGUCGGCAGCAAAGGGGCCAUACUGGAAGGAAACCGAGAGGCAACUGAUCAACGAGGGUUGGUACAAUGGCAACGAGAGAUGGACUACCCCGGAGCAGCAGGAGAUCACUUGCGCCCUCGGCCGUAAAUUCCGCACCAGAGACCGUAUCUAA